CGCGUGGUUCCAGUUUUGUGUGUCGCUAGAUCGCUUUCCCGAGUCGGCCUCCCCGAUCACGUCCUCCACGCCCACGGCCACGCUCACUCACUCGGCCCCCCUCCAACCAACGACGGCGCUGCGGCGAGGUUCGUCGUCGUUGGGGACGGCGCCAUCAGUAGGCAGCCGGGUGGGUGGCCCGCUAUGAGCACCAGCGAGCCCUCCGGUGGCAGGAUUCGCAAGGAAAGAGCUUGUAGUAAGAGCGGACAGAACAUAGAGAGCCUAUUUCAGCAGCAUGCAACUGGAGUAGGUUCGGCAGCUUAUCCGCAGGGGAGAGACGAGGCGGCCCGCCAGUUACAGCUAAUAGCUAUGGAGCCUCAAGCUGUUCAGAACAGAGAUGACCUGUUCGUUUGGCCCUGGAUGGGUGUUUUGGUCAAUGUGCCUACUGAACGGAAAAAUGGGCGCCAUGUUGGAGAAAGUGGAAACCGGCUGAAGGAGAAGCUCUCGUGCUUUUGCCCACAGAAAGUUAUCCCUUUGUGGAACUAUAGAGGCCACACAGGGAAUGCUAUUGUUGAGUUUGGAAAAGAUUGGACUGCCUUCAAUAAUGCACUUGCCUUCGAAAAUCACUUUGAGUCAGAAGGAUAUGGCAAACUGGACUGGAAGGCGUACAAGCAUCGACGACCGGGGAUGUUUGGAUGGGUUGCAAGGGCUGAUGAUCAGAAAUAUCCAGGGCCGAUCGGAGAUUAUCUGCAUAAAAAUGGUGAUCUGAAAACUAUUGCAGAUGUUGAGAAUGAAGAAGCACGCAAAACAAACAAACUGGUAGCGAAUUUAGCUAGCCAGAUUGAGGUAAAGCGAAGGCAUGUGGAAGAACUUGAAUGUAAGUACAAUGAGACGACCACCUCACUUGACAUGAUAAUGGAGCAAAAGGAUCAGCUGCUCCGGGCAUACAAUGAAGAAAUACAUAAGAUGCAGCAACUUGCUCGUAGGCAUUCACAGAGGAUCAUUGAUGAGAAUCAAAAGCUCCGUUCAGAACUUGGGUCCAAGAUGCAGAACCUUGACUUAAGAUCCAAACAGCUUGAUGAGCUAGUUGCGCGUAGUGAAUCUGACAGAAGGAACCUUGAGCACGAGAAGGAAAAGAACGGUGUUAAAACAAAGCAUCUUAAGAUGGCAACAUUGGUGCAACAGAAGGCUGAUGAAAAUGUGCUCAAGCUUGUGGAAAAACACAAGUUAGAGAAACAAGUCGCUCUAGAUAAGAUUAUCAAGUUGGAGCAUCAACUGGAUGCCAAGCAGAAGCUUGAGUUAGAAAUAAAACAGUUGCAGGGUAAAUUGGAAGUCAUGAAGCAUAUGCCAGGUGAAGAAGACUCUGAAUCGAAGAAAAGAAUAGAUGAACUUAGUGAGGAGUUACAAGACAAAUAUGAUGAAAUGGAUGCAAUGGAGUCACUCUACCAUACUCUGCUUAUCAAGGAACGGAAAAGCAAUGAUGAAUUGCAAGAUGCUCGGAAGAAGCUGAUAGAUGGUUUGCAGACUAUUACAACUGGUCGAGCAAAUAUUGGCAUUAAAAGAAUGGGCGAACUUGAUCUUAAAUCACUUGCAAUUGCUUGCGGACGUAAAUUGUCAAAAGAAGAUGCAGAAGUGACUGCUGCCAUUCUUUGUUCGAAGUGGGAGGCUGAUAUCAAAAAACCAGAAUGGCACCCUUUUAGGGUUGUCAUGGUUAAUGGGAAAAAAAGGGAGCUUAUCUCUGAAGAUGAUGCGAAGCUUCAGACCCUAAGAGAAGAGUAUGGCGAAGAAGUCUAUUCUUUGGUGACAAAGGCGCUGCUUGAAGUUAACGAGUACAACCCCCGUGGCCGCUAUCCCGUACCGGAGCUGUGGAACUACAAGGAGGGCCGCAAAGCAACACUGAAAGAGGCCUUGCAGUACGUCCUGAAACAGUGGCGGACACACAAGAGGAAGCGCUGAACUACCACUGGCCUACUAUACAUACAUGAACUUGCUGUUUAUUUAGCAUUUACUAGUACACGUUAGAUAAGAGCUGUGCGUGUGGCUCUCAAUGGUGAGACUUCUGGAAUGUUCACCUGUCGCAGUCGACUACUUGUCUGAGUUUAGCUGGGAUUAUGAAACGUGCGGAGAUUCCGUUUUCCAGGGUUUCAGGCCAGUUGUAAGUAAAUGAUGCCUGAAAAUGUUGUGCAGGAGACAAAAGAUUUCGGAACGCUGCUCCAGUUCCAAAUCCACGAUGAUGAAUUGCUACCAUACUAGUAUCAAAUAAGUCUGUAGAUUGAAUUGCUA